UACAAAUAAAUAUAUCACAAAUAAUUCCCGCGAAAAGUUAACACAGAAAAUAGUUUUAAAAAAAGUUGAAUGAGCUUAAUUCAAUUUUGAGCCAGUGCGAAUACAACAUUCGAAGCGCUAAACGAAACGCAAACUUCAAAUAAAACUGUGAAUUAUAUUACUAUUAAGUUCAUCCAUUUCAUUUUGGUGCUAACCAACAUGCGCGACUAGGCGUAUACGUGAUAAAAUUCAACCAAAGCCAAUCCAUUAAGGCAGCCAAUUCGACAACCAGCAUUGUUGCGUCUUUUAAAAUGAGCACAACAGUAAUGACAUUGAAAUGGCGACAGAAAUACAAAAGCAGAAAACGGCCAAAGAAACUGAAACAACGAAUAAUUGCAACAAACACUGCCCCAGCAACAGCAAAAGCAAAAGCAACAACACCAAGAAUAACACUUGAAACAAAGCAAACAAAAGCAACAAUUGCAACCAGCAGACUGAGAGAAACGAGCUGUAAACUGAGGCGACACCGAAAAUGGCUGCCAAAUGAACGACAACACACGAGUGUCGCAAGAGUGUUGCAAAGGCUGCAUGCAAAAACAGCAAAUCCAACACAAUGUCAUGCAAUUAAAGUAACAGAAACAGCGGCAACAUCCACAAUGACUUCCAGCUGCAACGUUCAUUGUCAGGAGCAACAUGAGCAACUGCAGCUGCAGCAGCAGCAACUACAACAUCAGCCACAGCAGCAACAUCAGCAGCGGCGACAUCCACUUCCGGCAACGACUUCCACACUGACGCUGCUCCUCUGCCUGGGCCUCAGUUUGGGCCUGGCCGCCACAGCAGCCGCUGCAGCUGGAGCUGGUGCCGGUUCCGGAGGCGGAGGCGGAGGAGGAGCUGGUGCCGGAUCCGGAUCCGGAGCCGGGGCAACAGCUGGCUCCACAUCCAGCUCUUUGGGGCCCGGCAAAACUGCCAAUUUACAAAUGGCACCCGGCUCCGCCUCCUCCUCGACUGGCUGCUCCCUCGCCGAGUACAGCUGCUCCAACGGACGCUGCGUGCCGUUGAGCAAGUACUGCAACAACGCCAAUGACUGCGGCGAUGGAAGCGAUGAGCCCAGGUUUUGCACACGCUGUAAUCGCACCUACUACGGGGACAUCGGACAGACAUACGCCCUGGAGUUGCACCGACCCAAGCAGGAUCGCGUGCCCUUUGUGUGUGUGCUCACGUUCACGGCGGCAGGUGGCCAGCACGGCGAUGUGGUGCAGGUCACCCUGGACAGCUUCACCAUUGGCAGAUUCACAUCGUACGUGCACGAGGGCUGUCCGGACGGAUACAUGCAGAUAGCGGAGUCAGCGCGAACGCCCAUCGGCGGAAUGUGGUGCGGCACCUCCUGGGGACCCGUGCUUUUCUACAGCGAGACCCGCUCCCUGAUAUUCACCAUCCGGCUGAACAGACUGGCGAGGGAUCAGAGUGGCUACAACUUCGACUUUCGCAUCAGGUACAAGGUGCUGUCCAGGGACAGUUCGGUGACCCGCUACGGGGGCAUUAAGCUGGCAGAGCUAGCCCAGUGGCAUAACCGCAGCAGCUUCCUCAACCAACAACAGCAGCAGCAGCAGCAGCAGCAGCAGCAACAGCAACAGACCCCAGGCAUUCUGGAGGACUUCACCAACUCGAGCGGAGCCCGUUCUGACCGGUAUGGCCAGGACUUUAGCCUGUUCAGCGCUUACGCCAACAACAAGACCUUUAUGGCCUCGCUGGAAAAGUCGCUGGCCAAGGACGAGCAGAACUACACGGAGCCCAAAUACUAUCUAGGUGACCUCAUACCCGGGACCUACUGCUCGAGGAUCUUUAGCGACUGCGACAAGAAGUCCUGCCGGCUGCAGUCACCCAACUUUCCCGGCAUAUAUCCCCGCAACCUCACCUGUUACUAUGCAGUGCGUCAGCACGACGUGCCCCAUGGCAAGCACGCCCUGAUUCUAGUCAAACAACCGAAGGGCAAUCUGGUCUGGAUUUCCACCCAGGAAACGGCCGCGGUGAAUAAAAUGGCACCGCCGCCGAGUGCCAGCGACAAGGAUAAGAAAUUCGAGCCGAGGCUGAAAACAUGGAAUGACUGCGAUUACAUUCAGGAAAAUGUAAAGCCCAAAUGGAAAUCCACGGACUACGUGACCGUGUACGAUGGCUAUACCACACGUGACCCCAUCAUUUUGAAGUUCUGCGGCGGCGGUCAGGCGGUGCCGGCGGCCGUUUCCAGCGGCCCGGAGCUUCUGGUCGAGUUCAGCACGUCGCCGUUUGGCACCUUCACCGGCACCUCGUCGCAGGUCCUGCCACUCUACGGUUUCCAGCUGGAGGUGGAAGUUCAGUUCGUGGACAUCCAGAGUCCCACGUACUCCAAGAACAAGAAGCCCUGCGAGUUUUGGAUUCGCGGCGCCGGCCGUGGCAUACUGGAGAAUCCCAAGCACUCGCUGGCCCCAAACUCCACGUGCCUGUACCACCUGCAGGGACUGGGCGUCUUCAAGACCUUCGACCACCUGAGUCUGUCGCGGAGAACGAGCAGCCAGUCUGGAAUGCACCAGCCCCUGUCACGCUUCAAGGUCUGGAUAUCCGUUCUCAAGUUCAACUUGGAUCCGGAGUUCGGGCGAGUGGAUGAGACCUCCGUGGGAGCGAUAGGCGUGCUGCAGACGCAGGAGGAUUGCAGUGGCAUGCUGCGCAUCUGGGAUGGAACUCUGAGGGAUGCUCCCGUCUGCAAGGACUUAAAUUGUGCUAGCGAAACGAGCAGCUACAACACUUUGGGUCACUAUGCCCACAAUUCCACCAAUGUUAUUGCGCGAUUCUGUCGGGGAACAAUACCCCGCACCUGCGAUCGCUCCAACAUUAAUGAGACCUACGCCCGACCCUGCACCAUCUCCGAAAGCUAUGUGUCCACCAGCGAUGCUAUCACUCUGGAGCUGCGCAACACCGAGUCCACAGUGCUUAGACCAUUGGAUUUCAAGCUCAAGUACGAGUUCAUUGACCUGCACCAGGAUGGACUGCCCUGGGGUGGCGGCGAGCAUGAUUGCAACCGAAAGUUCCUCAGCAACAUGAUGGACCGCAAGGAUCCCGCCAUCUUCCGGAGUGUACGAAAUAUAUUCCUAUUCGGAAGAGGCGGCACCAGGAAUCUAAAGUGUGUCUACAAGUUUGAGGCACAAAGAGGAGAGCGGGUCAGGAUCAAGCUGAGAAAGGUAACAACCACCAAUCGACCCUGUUACUCGCGUGUAGACGAGGACAUCAACAGAUCCUUUUGCUAUGGGGAUACCAAUGUCAAAAUUGAGAUCUUCGAGAGACCCUACCACGACUCCAUUUUGCUGCAUCGGGGCUGCAUGUGCAACUCCUCAAACCAGUCCCACCUGCCCGUAGAAUACACCUCCACGAGUCGCGAUGUGGAGGUGCACUUUAUUGCUCAGAACAUGACCACUUUGGAUGACCCGGAUACAGUUAACUUCGAGGGAAUGUUCGAGUUUGUCAAGGCACCCACAAGCUGCAAGGACGGACGCAGGAAGUUCGGUCCCAGCGGCACCAUAGAUAUGACCUUUGGGGAUGUGGAGUGCCGGUCGAGACCCUGGUUGAUUGAGCCCUCGAAUGGCAAUAAAUUCUUAUAUGUGCGCCUCAAGGCUAUCUUCCUGAGUAAGCACAAUCCGAUGAAGACUCUGAACACGACCUUUGUUCAGUCGGAUACUUGGAGAUGUGAGACCAAGUCCAGAGCUGUGCUGACAACUUCGGAGGGACUCACCAUUGUGGCCUGCCCCCUGAGUCCGGACUCGAGCGCCUACGAAUUUGUGGAGAUCUUCAGCUCUGGAUGGAACGAAAGGCCUAACUUUGCGCUGAUCAAUCGAUCUAGGGCCAUCAGCGUCGAGUUCCUGCGACCUGGCAAUGGCGAGUACUCCUUUAACUGGAUGGAGCUGAUACCCAGGCCCACACUCAGCAUGGCGGAGGACUGUCAGUUCAAGUGCGCCGAACUGGGCGCCUGUGUGAAUGCCAGUGUCUGGUGCGAUGGCGUCGUCCAUUGUCCCUCAGGCGAUGACGAGGCCUUCCUGCAAUGCUCGGCCCUGAUGAAGCUGCCCGCCGAGAUCCUGGCCACUCUCUGCCUGAUCUUUGUGCUCUCGUGUUGUGCGUUCGCUGCCUUUGCCUACAAGAAAAUCAAACGCAAGCUGCGCGGAUCCUCGGUGCUGCAGACGCGACUCAAGUCGCUCAGCUCGAUGGACACCGCUGUGCUGGAUGAAAAGGAGGUGAUUUGCUGACAAAGCGACAAUUCUGUGCGUUACGUGGAGAUCGACCGUGUGACCACGGUCUGAUGCUCGACGGCCAGUAACGUGCAGAAUUGUGCCCCGGAACAGACACCAGAAUCGCCACCACAAGCCAACCAAGAAACAGAAACCACAACCACAACUGACGCAAAUGCGAAACGCAACAAUGAAACGAUCAAAAGAAAAGGCAACACUUUUUCGCAAUCAAAAUCAAAACCAAAACCAAUACCAAUACCAAAAUCAAAAUCGUUCACUUGUUUUUUAAACCGCAUUUAUAAGAGAAUCAACCCGAGUUCGCGACCCGUGGCAGGAUCUCGUUAUUUCUAUGUGUAUUGACCUCUAUUUUAUAGAUCGCAAGACUCGUGCCGGAUGACUCGUGCUCUUUUUUUCCAGUGUCGCGCAAUUUUAUAAGCAAUUUUCUAGGCCUAGGGUUUUUUCGUAUGUAUUUUCGAUAUGAUUUCCCAACUCGACCCACUUGAGCACACAAAUACUGUACAUAACACGGAAGGACGAGGACCAGAAAUCGAAAUCGGACUGACUCUGACCAGUUACAACUCCUCUAGGCGCUCGUAUCCUUGGUUCUUACAGAGUACUCAUAGAUCUAUGUAGAUACAACUGUUUCCUAAUAGCCUUUAAGUGUAUCGUACUAUGCUAAUUGAACCGACUAAAUAAAAACGGAGGGAAUAGAUACAUCCAAUCAAUGAACUGAAGACCAUAUAAUGAUAGGAUGCAUAACGCCAUACUAUUUUGACCGACUGGUUCUAAGCUUUCUUGAAACUUAGUUAAGAGAGCACUCUCUUCUGUUUUUGGAAGCGAACGGAUGUAAUUUCGUAGGUCGCAGAAUCACAAAUAUAUGGCCGUUACGCAUCUUAUCGAUAUAUUGUCUUUAGUUGGGCAGAGGAAGGAUUAGUUUUUUUCGUGGAGUGUUUCAGAAACUCCCACAGCAUUUAUUAUGCGGCGCACAAAAAAACCAAAAAAUACGAAGAAACCAAAUGAAAAAAAAUACUCAUAAUUAGUAAAAAAUUAAAAGGAGCAAGAAGAUUAAUCGACGAUUCCAAGCGUAGAUCGUAAGUGGAACAUGUUUUACAUUUUAAGAUUGAUGGAUGCAUCGUAAACGUAACAUAAAUUAGUCGCCAGGGGGACAUGGGAUGGGACGGGACGCAGAGUUUAGUGGAAUAUGUCAAUAUAUUUAUUAUAUAGAAGCUAGAUGAAUUCGUUAGUUGUUUAAUAGACGUUGUAGUGAUCAUGGAUAAUAUCAGCAUAAUCAAAGCUAAAUCAAGCCAACAACUUAGAGGUAUCUCGUCGUAUUCAAAGUACUCAAAAAUCCAAGUCGAAAUAACAAUAAGUCAGUCGUCGUCAGUCAUUCAGUCAGAUCUCACGCCCAUUGUUGUUAAUGUUGAUUGUUUGUUGUCUCCAAAGUGCACAGUUCGCUCUCAUAGACCAACCAUGCCACUUCAUUUAGCGCCUGCUCCCUCACACCAAAACCAACUCAAAUCCGAUCAAAUCUUUGCAUGGUAAUCCUCGUAUGUUGGCUCUCGGCACUCGAUGGCAGCUGGCUUAAUCGAAUCCUUUUCUAUUUUGUAUUCUCUCUUUGAACAUCCCCUUUUGUGUCGAAGAAAAAACCCGUCGUUGAGACCAAGAUCUAAGGCAAAGCAAAGCAAAUGCCCGGCCUGGCCAAAAGGAGGGAGCAGGAUCAGGGAUCAGGGACUCCGAAACAGAGACAACAGAGAACAACAGAAUCAGUGUGUGAAUCAGGCGAAAUGCUAUUUUUGUUGAUACUCUUCUUCCUUUUUAAGAGCUGUAAAUAAAACAAACAGAAGCUGUAUGAUAUUAACAAUUUUACAUUGAGCGUUUUAUUUGCCAUUCUGAUGUACUCACACCUCAGUUGCACUCUCAAAUAGUGAACAUGUUUUGAUACUCGAAUCAAACUCAGACAAUAAACGCUAAGGUCUACUCCUUUGUAACUCGAAGGUAACUUAUUUCAAUUACUGAUAGCGAACGCAGGGCAGCACAGCAAUUUUGGGAAUGGCCUGCCGCCGAUUACAUACAAGCGUAAAUAAUUAUAUUAAACCAAACGUAAGCGCUCAACUAACUACUAACAUUAAAUUAAACCAUUUAAAUAUUAAAAACUUAACGAGUUAUUAGCGAAACUGCCCGAAAUGAAACCAAUUGAAACAAUGUUUGUCGUAACCUAGUUUAAUGAGCGAUCUUAAAACCGAACUGAAACCGGAUGAUGAUGUGUAUCGCCUGCAGAGUAGAUUUUUAAAUUUUAAAUUAGUUUAAAGCGAAACGUAACUGAUAAAUAAAACACGGAACAUGGUAAACCAGCAUGACUAAAUAAUUCGAAUGUUGAAAGAAAAAAAAUCAUAUCAGAUUCUAAAAUGAUAUUAAAAUUAAAUGGAAAACUGAACAACUUAAUAAACGAGCAUUUAAAUCCCCAAAACCACAAA